AUGGAUCAGAACAAGACGUGCGAUGCCGACACGCUGUGGAAGCAUACACGGCAAGGCUUCAAGCGAGAGCAGCAGUUCAACGCAGCCCAAGAUCUACUGGAGGCCAUGGAUGUGGUCGACAUCCUGGCUCACGACCUUAUGAUCGGACACGGAACGCAACUUUGCCCCGGCAACGACUGCAACAUCUAUUACCGUAGUCAAGAAUGGCGCCGCGAACAACCAUUCCACUCACCGAUGGAACUACCUCGAACGCAGUACUACUGCCGAUGCCAGAGUUUGCGUCCAGGCUGCUCACCGACUUCGAUGGCCUAA